UUCCAAUACAGUGGACGAGGCCCAUAUUUACACCUACUUUUACUGUAGCCAUUAUUAUUGAGUAAUUCUAUCAGUAUCACAACAAGUUCGAUUCCGUAAGUAACACAAUUCCCUGAUUCCGAGUUUAAACUUCUGAAACGGACACACAGAACCCGGCUGUUAAUAUCAGCGAGGAACUCUACAAAAGUUGUUUCAUAAAGUACUAGCCCGCCCUCUAGAAUUAUUAACUCCACAAACAAACCAAAGACACAAACACAAUUCGUCACCUGGGAUUCCAGAUUGAUUCGCGGACAAAGUUGAGAGAUAUUUGUCCGAACUUUCGGGCUGUUUGAUCAAGUAUUAUUAUUAGCAUUACACCGUUGAAAUGGCAAAUAAGCCUUUGGAGGAGUUAAAAUCUGAUUUCCUCAAUUGUCAGAUAUGUAUGGAAGACUGCGUAGACCCAAAAUUGUUGCAGUGUCUUCAUUUUUUCUGUGCGGAAUGCCUUGGAAAGUGGAAACGAAAUAGAUGUGUGGAAUGCCCAACUUGUAGAGAGGUCACCCAGUUGAGAAAUGGUAAAAUAUCGAGCCUGAAGUCGAUGUUUUUCGUGACCAGUAUGAUUGACUCAAUUAAGUGCAAGCUAGGAGGAGGUGGAGAUUCGGUUGCUUCGGGAAGAAAGAAAAAAUAUACUGACGUACGAUGUGAGGAGCACGGUGAGCGUUUGAACUUUUACUGCAAGAAAUGCAAGAAGCCGGUGUGUCGAGACUGUGUAACUUUAGAUCAUCCACGGCCUUCGCACGUAUGUGAAAAUCUCUGCGAAGCUGCUGUGAAAGCUAGAAAAGAUAUUGAGCAAGGAAUGGGAAAGGUGGUCACUAUCCAGGAACAGCUGACACUGGCAGAGGGUGAACUGAAGGCAGUAGAAGAGAAUGUCAACUCGUCAACAGAAAUUGCACAGGUUGAGCUGAAGAAGGUGAAUGAUGAGAUGAUGAAAGCAAUUCAGAGUAAGCAUGAUGACAUCAGGGAGAAGAUUCAAGAUCUUGCCAACAAUGAAAAGCAAGCUAUCUCUGAAAAACGAUCAGAGAUUGCAGUGAGUAAUGAAACAUUGUCCAAGUUGACAGCAUAUCUUACUAACCUGCAGCUAAAUGGUGAAGAUUAUGAUCUCGUUCGUAGCCAUGGUGAAGUCUUGAAAAGAACCAAAGAGGUGACAUCAGCAGUUCAUAUCCCAAAUGCUCCGGGUGAACCUUGCCAUAAAUUCAAGCCAAAUGCAGUGUGCAUCGAGAGGGUGCAAGGGGAAUUCAUGACUUUAGGGUUAGUUCAGAAAACUAAAACUCCAGAUGUAAAAUUAGAAGUACGUGGACCAUCCCAAAUGCCGCAAGAACAACAGAAGUUCUUGAUCAAUACGAUCCGUGAGGCUUACACCCUGGACGUCGAAGAGCAACCUCAUGCCACAUCGGAGACAUACAGACAAAUCAUGGCGGGUAAUCCUGGAGAAUCGUUGAAUUUCAAACGAGCCAACUACAUUGGACAGAAGAUGGACGACAGGUAUGGAGAGUUUUGGACAUGCGUUAUUGGUGACUUCACCUGUAGGUACCCGUUCAAUGAAAAUCUGGCAGAAAUUUUUACUGUCAAUGACAGUGAAAAGGUCCUAGUGUACAAGAAGCCAACAGGAAGUGGGUUGAUAAAUCUUGCAACAUUCGAACCAAAGGUGUUCAUGAGUAGUGGGGAUGAUAUAUUCGACACAAGAGUCUGUCAGCUUGUCAAACAUAUCAUCAAAAAUUGUACAAGCAGUCAUGAGCUCUGUAAUCUGCUGAGGAUGAAGUUGAUGCAGUCAUUCUAUGGCAAGUGGAAUGUGAUAUUUGGAUGCAACCUUGUAGGUGAUGAUUUUUUCCUAGGAAGUUUCAGCAUGUCCCUCAGUUUUAAAAUUGCUGACGAAAAGUUGUUCAUAUUCAGAAUGGAAGAGUGGUGAGAAAAAUAGUAAUUAAGUAUUCUUAUACAGGUCUCCUUCUAAUUAAAAAAUCUUCAUUAUUGUAAUUAGAGACCAAAGCUGCUAAAAAAACAUGGGAACUCUGGUCCCAACAAUGGGCUUUAAUUGAAGGGGGACCUGUAUUGGAUAGACAGUAGAUAUAUCAAUAAUGUAAGCUGUUGAAUAUGUUGCAAGCAUAAUUUACUAAUUACUAAAUACAUAAAUAAGUAAAGUUAAAAAAAAAGUUUAAGUGGACCAAGCAUGUGAUGAAUAUAUAAAAAAAAAGAAUACUACAUGUACUGUAUUUCAGAAAUAGAAAAGUAGAUAAGCAAUAGUGUUACAAGUACGUCUGAAACCUAAGUUAGUGAAAACAUUGUAGGUUAAGUGUGUAAGUAACCAAGCAAGAAAUUAUUUAGAUAAGAGUCUAAAAUUGCAAAAAUGUUGGACCAUCCAGAGGACCACAAUGGACCUUCCAAGAUGUCAAUCAAACCUAACAACUGGCCAAUCAGAGCAUUACUGAGAAUACGUGUUUACGUAGCUUUACGCUAUAUUUUGUGGGACCUUCGAAACAAAUAUCCAAGGGGCAGGGCUUAGUGGUCCACAGAAAGGAGACAAUAGGGCCCCCUCCGACCAUAGGAACUCUAUUCCGUCUUAAGCCAACCCCCAUACACUCCAGCAAAAAAAAUCCUGCAUCUGCUACUGUGCUUGUCCUAUCCCAUGUCAUGCACUGGCAGCGAUACUGGGUGGACAGGUUCGGCCUAGGUGUGCACCCAACAAUUUUAAUGCAUGGGCCAACCCUCCUGUAGGCCCCACCAAUAAUUUACCAACAAAUUGUUUAAAUAUUGAUUUUGACCAAACAUUAGGACAAUUUUGCAUGAAGCAUAGAUGGCUGUGGCUUUUGUGUAUGAAAACCCUGUAAGCACUGCAAACCCCAUCCAACCCAGGCAUCUAGCAAUACCCAAUAUAAAAAGGUAGAUUAAAUCAGGGAGAAAAUGUAGAUUAUCUGUGUGGUCACAAAUCUAGAGUACAUGUAAUAAAUAGCAAAUUAUUGCAUAAUACAAAUUGUAGAAUAUGGAAUGUCAUUUGUAUAGGACCUAAAAUAUUAUAGAAAAGAAUCCCAAUGUAUGAUGCAUGUCUUUACUUUGGUAAUUGUGUAUCAAAGAAUUUUGAAUUAUUGUGAUUCUUUCAAUUUUAUAUCAAUUGAUUACAGUAAUUGCUAUAAUGAUAAUCAGCCCCUAGAAAUUUUAAGAAAAUGGUACUUAGCACAAUCGACUAAAAGAUCAUAGCUUUUAAUUUGUUUCUCAAAAAAAAUGUUUAAUACUGAUUGUGAGUCAGUAUAGAAUCAGUUAAUCGGUUGUAUUGUUUGUUCAUGAGGUUUAGUCAUUAAAGUUGCUUCUUUGUGGGCUAAAAGGUAUUUAAA